GUUUGCAAUUUAGUAGGAUUAGAACGGAUAAUCGACGAACAUAAUUUUUUUUUUGGAUUGUACUGUUAAUUGUGUGAAGUGUACAUAUAGUUUUCGUUUUUAAUUUAAUUUUUUAAUUUACAAUUCAAAAUGUGGAAGUACUUAGCAAUUUUGGGAUGUAUUUUAUUCGUGGCCAGUGUGCAUUCAGCACCACAAGCACCAGCCGAAGCACCACAGCCGUAUGAAUAUCAAUAUGAAGUAAAGGAUCCUGAAAAACAACUCUUUUUCGACAAAAGUGAAUCUGGUGAUGCUGCAGGAAAGGUCACUGGUAAAUACUCGGUUUGGCUUCCCGAUGGUCGUCUAAUGACCGUUGACUACACAGUGGAUGGUGAAAGUGGUUUCGUGCCCAAGGUAUCAUUCCAAGACAACGCCAAUCCACUUCAAGGAUAAGACAAUGCGUUUGAAUCAACCCACCAUACGAUUCAAAUUUUAUUUUAAAAUUUACAAAACAAAACAAAAAAAAUUUUGAUACUCAAAAGGACCACCAAUUCGGACGAUAAAAUGAUUUUCUUGUAUUUUUUGUGCUAUAAUCCAUUUUAAGCGAAUGUGUAAAUAAAAUAUUUGCGUACAACAUAAAGAAACCCCCUUAAAUAAACGAAGAAAAAAA